ACACAUGCAAAUACACAGUUUACACCUCUGUGUAUACAUGUGAUUCAUCAUUGCUUGUUCUACAUUAUAAUAUGACUCUGCUGAAUUUAAGAUUAAUGUCUGUGUGUGCUUUUUGUCGCUGUGUGUUUAAAGACUGAUCCAGCUGAUCUGGUUGUUGCACUUUGACUGCUGAAGUUUUGAAAUCUUGACAGAAACAGCGUGAUGCAAAGUGUACAAAACUGGAGUACACACAGAAUCUUUAAAUACUUUAAUGCAGAAUUUGUGGUCAUAAGGGAAGUAAAAUAAUAGCCUGACAGGAUGCUGCUAGAACGUGUGCGUGUGUGUGUGCGGAUGCUGUUUUCAGAAGAAACUACUAUCAAAUGAAAUUUGAAAAAUAGCUGGUGCAGAUAAACCAGUCUCUGAUCUGAUAUCUGGACUGUUUUUUCCAGAAAGAUUUGGGAGUUCGGCGUACGACUUUGUCACCGUGAGGCUGAUGCAACAUUUAGCUCAUGUGUUCAGUUUUCAUCUGCCAGCCUCUGCGCAGUGAGACGUGGCCAACAUGUUGUCAGGUCUUCAAACAGCUCCGCCUGGUGGAGGGUGCGCCGCCUUUUCAUUUGACAUCAGCUAAAGUCAGUUCUAUGAGGACAAGAUACUUAAAAAGAUAAAAUUGGUAACUUAAUUUGAUGUUGAAAGUUAGUAUUGAAAGGGUUUUAGAUUUUGUGGUAAAAGUAUAAUCAUUUGUGUGUGCAAAAAAAUAUUUACUGUUCUUGAAGUAAGCAGUCAGAAAUUUGUCUGUCAGCCUCUGAUAAUGAAUAACUUUAAUAUAUUGCACCCCAGCUGGCCAGCGUCUGUCUGCUGGUGCACUGAACUGACCAGCAAGCCAUUUUAGAGCUGAUAUUUACAUUAAAAUUGUCUCAGAGGUCAGGUUCAGUGGCAGACAGCUUGUGGCGCGAUCUCACUCAAGUCCAAUAAAUUUAAAUUUAAAGUUCUAUGAAAUUUCAAUCCUCCUCUACAGUGUGUAUGUAUGUUAAUGUGCGGAACUGUUUUUGUUUUGUCAGUACCGUCUUUACGUUGUCAUCCAACUUUGACAUGAGUGCUUUUUUUGGUUGUCUGUGGUUGGUGACACAAUUGUCAGUUUGUGAUGAGCUGAUGAGCUUAUAUAUCCACACACGAACACCAGAGAGGCAGUUGGUGUUUAAAUUUUGGUUCAAGACCAAAUGGAGGUAAGACAGUAUGUCAAUUCACCAGCUGAUGGAAGAAGCAACAGACAGGAGCACAGAGACAUGUGUGGCUCAGGUCAGUAUAUCUUCUGUGUUUCUGUGUUUUUGAGUUUAUCUCCAGCUCAGUCCAGAUCAAGAUUAGAUAUUUCUUAAUGUAUUGGUUCGCAAGCUUCCUUGUUGAACUUGCGUUGCUCUUGUUCCACGUGUAAAGAUCAUCCAGCAACGGACACAUCCAGAGCACAAAUUUCCCUGCACUUAUGAGAGUCCAGACCUUUGAAUCCGUCCACUCCAAUAAGCUGACUGGAGAUGGAAACAAAGUGCUAACAGUUCAGUCUGAUUUCAGGCAAUUUCUGUGUCUUUGUGUUAUCUUUGAAAACACUUUAGGACACAUUUUAUUUCUAAUACCAUUAACAAUAAUUAUAUUGUACCGUUCAGUUCAGAUCAAUAAUUUAACCAUAAAGACGCGAGUCACAUUUUCAUUUCUUUCUGUUCGGGUUCAUCCCACAGUCCAGAAACAAGCCGGUUAGGUGAACUGUUGACUCUGAAUUGCCUGCAGGUGUAGAUAUGUGCAUGAAUGGAUGUUUGUGUCUUCUCAUAUUUGAGGUAACUGAAAAUUAAAGGGGCUUAGUAAAGCCAGAUCUUAAAAAGGACAAUAAAUAAAUAAACAACAAGCAAAGACGAAGCUGGAUUUGCUCUAAGUGCCAGAAAACACAUUGAGUCAUUAGUACAACUUCAUCUUUCUGAUAACAGAAUAAUGCUGUGUGUUCUUGUCCACAUGCAGGACGGUCAAAGAUCUUCUGUUUGAUUGGAAUCAGCUUUGUCCUGCUGUGCCUCAUACAGUUGGCCCUUAAUCUUUUUAUUUUGCCACAAACUGCCGAGUGUUCCAACAGGUCCGACGACUUCCCGACUUGUAAUUUCACUACCAUGUCAGGUGUCAUCAGAGAUCUGAUUUUAGAGAGAGAUCAGCUGCUUCAAGAGAAAAACAAUCUGAAACAAGAGAAAGACAAACUGAAACAAGAGAAAGAUCAGCUGCUCCAAGAGAAAAACAAUCUGAAACAAGAGAAAGACAAACUGAAACAAGAGAAAGUUUUACUGCUUCAAGAGGAAGAUCGACUGCGAAGAGAGAAAGAUCAGCUGAUUCAAGAGAAAAACAAACUAAAUCGGGACAAAAACAAUCUGAAAAAAGAGAAAAAUCAGCUGAUUGAAGAGAACAAAAAUCUGAAUCAAGAGAAAGAUCAACUGAUUCAAGAGAAAAACGAACUAAAUCAGGACAAAAACAAAUUAAAACAAGAGAAAGAUCAGCUGCUCCAAGAGAAAAACAAUCUGAAUCUAGAGAAAGAUCAGCUGAUUCAAGAGAAAAACAAACUAAAUCGGGACAAAAACAAUCUGAAAAAAGAGAAAAAUCAGCUGAUUGAAGAGAACAAAAAUCUGAAUCAAGAGAAAGAUCAGCUGAUUCAAGAGAAAAACGAACUAAAUCAGGUCAACAACAAUCUGAAACAAGACAAAGAUCAGCUUCUUCGAGACAAAGAUCAGCUGAUUCAAGAGAAAAACAAACUAAAUUGGGACAAAAACAAUCUGAAAAAAGAGAAAAAUCAGCUGAUUGAAGAGAACAAAAAACUGAAUCAAAAGAAGGACAAGCUGAAGCAAGAAAACCUUCUAUUGCUUCAAGAGAAAGAUCAGUUUCUUCAAGAGAAAAAUAAAAUGAAUCAAUAUAGAAAACAACUGAAGCAAGAGAAAGAUCAGCUUCUUCGAGACAAAGAUCAGCUGCUUCAAGAGAAAAACAAUCUGAAUCAAGAGAAAAAUCAGCUGAUUCAAGAGAAAAAUCAGCUGAUUCAAGAGAAAAACAAACUAAAUCAGGACAAAAACAAUCUGAAACAAGAGAAAGAUCAGCUGCUGCAGGAUAAUCACCAGCUCCAACAAGAGAAAGACCAGCUUCUUCAGUCUCAAGGACUGAACAGCAAAAGCUGUCCCCAGGGAUGGUUUCCAUACAGGUGCACCUGUUACCAGGUUUCCUCUUACACAAACAGCUGGGACUACGCCAACCGUGACUGCAAACGCAAAGGAGCUCAUUUGGUGACGUUCAGUAACAAAGAAGAGGAGACUUUUCUCCGUAAUGUGGGAGGUGCUUUCGAUGUAUGGAUGGGCGUGAGAGGGGAACGAGAGGCGGUGGGCUCGCAGUGGACGUGGACACUGAUGGAUGGUGGCGCCCUGUCUUAUACUAACUGGAAUCUGCAUCCAGAUCAGUCAAACAGUGGGUGUAUGGACAGCAUUUGUGCGUAUGUUGCCGGGGACUCAUCGUCCUUGAAGACCUGGUUCUGGAGCACCUGUGAAGAACAGCACUACUGGAUGUGUGAGAUGUAGCAGCGCACCAGCUUUAUGUUCUGUCGAUGAGACUCGUACAACAGUCACAUCUACACUCAGUCUGUCUCUCUCUCUGCUCUGUAACACACAGAUAAAUAUGUAUCACGUGCACAUACAUGUACAUUUUAUUUGCUGUAAAUGUUGACUUUAAGGGCUUGUUUAUUGUAAUGUACUUCUUGACAUUUCAUGAUUACAGUGUGCUUUUUCCUUUGUGCUUCUAAUUAUUUGCUCCUGACAUGAUUUGAACACACUGUACAUGUUUUCUGCCACAGGGAGUCUCUCAUUAAAAACAAAACAAAAGACAUAAGUAGUGUGGGAUCGUGGGAGCUGCUGAAUUCACUGUUCAGCUGACUCUCCCAGAAACUACAGUGACAGCUGAGCAAACAAAACACACCGUUAGCUUGGAUAAAAUCAGGGAUUUCUCGGGUUUGAACACUGUUGAAAACAAGAGAUGAUGUAGUUAAAGAUCUCAACAAAAUACUGCGAAUAAAAAAUGUUUAGUCAUUUUCAAUCGUUUUGCAGAAAUUCAUCAUAUUGGAAAAGAGGCUGUGACUGUUGAUGUGCCUGCAGACUGAAGAUGGCAUCAGCUGGAACAUUUGCUUACUUUUGUGCAUUACAAAUACAUACAGAAAAUGAGAACUUAAGACCAUCAGACCAUGCAAACCAGUUUAACUGCCUGUGAAAUUAAACUCUUUGGAAAUGCCUUGCAGGGUUUAAGCCAAACCUCGAGCACUCAGUUACCAUAUACAUUUCUUUGUUUCUCCUGGUUAAUUUACUCGGCCACGUGACAAUAAAUUAGGCUGUGAUCAUGAAAUAUGUUGCGUGGGUGGGGCUGAGGCGAACCAGUUGCCACCUUGCUCAGUGUAUGCUAACAUUUGCUCAAUAGCAACAAACACAUGCACUGGUAAAUUGGGGAUGACUAUGAAUAUUUUGUGUUUGUUCAAAUUGUAUUUUGUGUUUAUGUUUGUGAUGGCAGUCCAAGCACUGCUUGAUGAGAAAGUGAUAAGCUAAUGAUGUUAAAAUGAAAGAACUGAUUCAUUUUUUUAAGGCACCAGAAAACAAAAUGCAGCUGCUUGUCUCCCACUAACGCUGGUGCACUUCCAUAUGAGAUAACAACCUAUGAUUUCACGUCCUAUUGUAGUGCCCACAACUUACUAAUGUGAGAGAACAUGUUGCACACAAGCUAAUAAACCUGCAAGGGUGAAGUUGCUCAAUGAGUCAUUAUCUAGUGAGCAUUUGAGGGUCCGUUGUAAUUUUAACGCCUCCGUGUUGACUUCAGUUAGCGGUGGUGUCGGCAGCUCGUUUUAUCAGUGAUCGCUUCAGCAUGUUUUGUUUCCAGAGCUUUGUGCGAGCACACUGGCUCCUGCGAGUUCCUACUUGUUCUGUUUGUUGCCCAAAAUCCAGACACAUAAAUAACAUGAGUUUUGUACCUCUUUUCUUUGACCUGCUACAUGGUAACUGGAUGUUCAAAUCAGCAAAAUUUUAGUCUUUUGGUGGAAAGUUGUUUGCUGCAAGUGAAAAGCAUCAGCUUGGAAAAGCUAAUCAUUUUUGUAAGCUAUUGUAUGGGACUGCAGUCCAUUUGUCUUGUCAGUACUGUCUUUAUCUUGUCAUCUAAGUUUUGCAUGUACGUCUUUUUGUUGGUGUCUGUGGUUGGUGACAUAAUCCUCUCUUUUCUUGCAUCAAGUGGUAAAAAUAGGGAAUGA